UCUAGAUCUCCUAGUGGUCGAGUGAGUGGCUUCAUGGUCGAGUGUCUUCGAGUCCAUCGAGUAGAAUCCUUCCAGGUCGACUGAAAGAUAGUUUCUUCUAGAGAUGUCCUUGGGGAGGGUACCUUGGACAGGUCCAUGACCCUACCCUAGGUGUAUGGCUUCAUCAUUAGCCCUCGAAUGGAUCGAGGUUUGAGUGAGGAAGGAGUUGAGAAUUCUCCCGACCCCUUUUUCGUGCUAUGAGUGUGUCUUGUUCUGGAUCAAUGACUUUAAGUGACGACAUCAACUUCUUUUUCAGUCGCCUUGAUCCAUUCUUUGUAUCUGUCGAGUGACUUCUCUGUGCUUGGAGAUUUCCGAGCGAUGGAUCGGAGGAAAUCUCCGGUCUGACAAGUUGCUCUGCUAUUCGCGGAUUUAGCGGGAUCCGAAUUUCGGGAAGCGCGCGAGGUGGAGGAAGCCGCGGUACUCGGAUGGGAUAAGGUAGGAAUGCCUCGAUCUUCGCGCCACCUUUUUCGCCACGUAUCGCGCGCGCGACUGUUGCGGGAUUUGACAGGAUCGCCCGGGCCUACCAGUCAGCCACUCGGAAGCGACUUCAUAUAAGGCGCCGGACAGGGUUUUUUGAACAGUGCGCCCUCAUUUUCCCCUUCCUCUUCCUCAGAUUCACCUGCUGCGUUCGCCACCAUCUCAGCGCUACUGCUCUGUGCCUGCUUCAUCGGUGAUGAUGGUGAAGGAGAAGACGGCGGCUUUGGAGCGGGCGAAGAAGGCGACGGCGAAGGCGAAGGGGAGGGCGACCAGUCGGGGCGGAUCCUCGUCGCGGGCCGGUCUGCCGCAAGGCUGGAUCCAGGGAGACUAGAUCCGCUCGACCAUUCGCCAAAAAGAUCUCGAUGAUCUGGCCAAUGAGGGACUGAUCCCUCAUGGAUCAGCGAGGCUCCCGGUGAAGGAGUGGCCGCCGCAGCCUCAGGAGGGUGAGUGCGCCCUCUUAGCUACCCACGUUGACCGCGGGUUUUCUCUGCCGCCUAGUCCUUUCUUUCGGGGAUUUCUGAACUUCUUUGGGGCACAACUCCACCACUUCACACCCAACUCUAUCGUCUAUCUCGCUGCUUUUGUCUCCUUCUGUGAGAACUUCUUGGGUUGUCGGCCGCAUUGGGGCCUUUUCAAACACAUUUUCACCUGUCGCUCCCAGACGGUGAAAAAGUCUAAUCCGAGUGACGAGAAAACCCAAGUAAUUCAGAUGUGUGGGGGUCUUGGGGUUCAAAUCAGGAGUAAAAGUGCUUUUCUAGCCAUGGUCCUUCCUGAGUCGGUCCGAGGGUGGCAGUCGACCUGGUUCUACUGCCAAGACCAGUCGAUGCCAGGGCAGUCGACUGGACUCCCUCCUUUCUCCAUGCAUCGAGUGAGCAAGCCGUCCUCUCUAAAGGUGGUCCCAGAGGAAAAGGCUCAGGUCAAGGUGUUGGUCGAGCAUGUAGUCCAGCUCAUCUGUGACGGGGUGACUGGCAUGGAUCUUCUGGAGGUUUUUCUUCGACGAUGCAUCUAGCCACUUCAAUAUCGAGGCCAUCCGAUGUGGAUGUACUCUGGCACUGAAGGCACCACUCGGGUCCACCUGGAGGAGGUCGAUGAUGCCACACUGGAGAGGUGGAUGACUGCCAUCACAGGGAACAAGGACAACCCCCGAGGAGCCAGGAGGAUCCCUCCACUCAACCAUUCAUACGAGCCAGACAAGGUCUAAUUAUGAAUCUCCGACUGUGACCUUGAUUCCUUCAUUCCGUUUUGCUAGAAUUCAGUCGAUUGAUUUUUGUCUUAUACCGAGAUGUACUCGAUGCCCAACGGGGCGCAAGAACAGACCAAGGAGGAGGAAGGGAGCGGGGGUGAAAGUCAGGAGGUGUGGGAAUCCGAUGGCGAGGAGGAUGAAGAAGAUGCCGGCUCUGGUGAGGAAGAGGAGGAGGAAGAGGAGGAGGAAGUCGAGCCUCCCCGUACUGAAAGACGAUCCAAGCUCACCCAUGACCCCGCAGUCGAGCGUGGUAAGGCGGCCGUGCCUGUUGGGCAGUUGACUACACGUCCUCGCACGACCUCUCCGGCGCCGACUGAGAAAGCGUCGAAGCAACCCCGAGCAGCAUCAUCAAAACUGACGAAGGCCCUGCCGAAGAUGAGGAUGGUGAUUCCCACUAUUUCCGGUGCUGCUACUUCUGAGACCUCAGUCAGGCAUGAAGAUCAAGAAAUGGAGGAUGCUGCCACUUCCAACCCUCGUAUGAUCUCUGUAGUUUCGCUUUCGGUCGAUUGGAUCUUCAUUUUUAACUUUAAAUCUUUCCUGUAGCUCCACCUAAUAUCAUUGAUCUCCCUUAUUAUGACGAUGAGGAGCCCCUGAGGCAAAGGAGGAACAAGAAAACGUCUGCUGGCAAGACUGCUCAGGUUGUAUCACCACCCGAGACGCUGGUUCCGGAGGGGGGCAACGUCACUCGGACUACCGUGUCCUUUGUUGUGCCGCUGACGAGUGCUCGCCCUUCGUCGUCGAGUGCUGAUCCGCCUUCCCUUUUCUCCACCCACCACGUCCCAGAGGACCAAGCAGGCGCUGCUAAGGAAGCUAUACGCCAGGCGGGGUCAUGAUGGAGCAGGUGAAGGCGAUCCGAGACGCCAGCCAAGCAG